AUGUCUUCUCUUCUAGGGCCAAUAUCAGGCGCGCUGGUAGCAGGAGGUAUUUAUUACGGCUUUUCCGCUAUGAUACAGACGCGAACUGAACAGCACCGCGCGGACCUGCACAGACUCUCGCAGAGGCUUCUUGAUGCACCAACCAGCAUACCCGCCCCGCCUGCAGCAGUGCAACGCAUCACUCAUCACCCCCUUGCUUCCAUGCUGAAGAGCCAGUGGAAUGCACAGAUUGAGACUGUGUUCCGGACCGCUAGGGGAUGGGACAGGCGAGCCAUAGACUGGACACGGAGGGUGCUGUAUGGGGGAGAUGCGGCGGCAGAGAAGAAGGGUUAAGUCAUCGCUUCGCCGUGGCGUGUCUGAAAUUGGUCAUAGAGGGUUCGCCGUCAGGGCUCCGUAGGAAUUCCGUCGGCUUCUAUGUAUUGUUGGUGUCCUUCGCCCUACGAC